AGCAACCAUGCGACCUCGCCGCGUUGAACGAAUAGAUAGUCGUUGUGGAGAGCACUAAAACCUUCUUUUGAUGGAAUCUAACAUGGAAAUUGGCAACGAGAUAAGUCAAAAGAUUAGGAGUGCUGUCAAAACAAAAUUACGAGAACUGGGAUCUUAUGUUGACGAGGAAUUGCCAGAUUAUAUUAUGGUUAUGCUGGCUAACAAGAGGAGUAAAGAACAGAUGACAGAGGACCUGGUGUUAUUUCUUGGUGCAAAUACAAAAGUCUUCACUGAAUGGCUUGUGAACAUAAUACAAAAAAUUCAAGAUGUAACAAGUUUACAAGAAAAUACAGAAGAGUUAAAUUUAUUGGCAAGUGAACCUAUUAAAUCAGUGAAGACAGAAUCUGUCAGGAGCAGAGAAAAGAAAGAUGCUAACUCGAAGACUUCAACUAAAGAAAGAUGCCGAAGCCCUCACAGAACAGACGCAAGAGAGGAGCAUCAAAGACACUCUUCAAAGUCUUCUGAAAAGAUAGAAAAGCAAAGGAUAAGCACCAAUGUUGUGAAGACUGUUGGUCUGUCAUCAAGGGACACAGUACGAAAACGGAAGCACUCAUCAUCUGAUGAAGAAGACUCUAGAGCCUCUAAUCUUCACAGUGUUGUGAAAGUCAAGGAACGAAAACCUACUCUCCCACCCUCCAAGCAAGCUUCUGGAAAUCUUCUGAAGAAAGCUGUGGCAGAAGCACACCUUUCUGUUAACAAACCGCUUAUUUCUUCCAGUUUGAAAUAUGACCCCACUUCGCCGCCUUCUCCAAUUGUAUCCCAUAGUUAUGAAGAAAAACAGUAUCAGAAAGAGUUACUUCUACAGCAGCACAGAGAAUUACAGAAGCAGUUUUUGCAAAUGAAACAGGACAGAGAGGAAACUGAAGAAGCAGCAGGAAGAGGUAGUGAUAAAGACACAGAAAGGGAAUUUGAAGAGCCUACAGAAAGUACUCAAAGUGAUGAAGAAAGUAGAGAAAGUAAGCAUGUGGAAGUUGAGAAAGAACAAAAAGAUUCAGAAGUCACACAAGUACCAGAGGAACCUGUCAUCGAGCUCCAUGUCUCGGAAACUGAAACACUAGAGUAUUCUCCUGAGCCAACUGUGGGUGAUACCAGAAUUGUAGCCUUUGCGGAUAGCCAGGCUGGUGCAGAAGAUUCAGACGAAGAGAAGAGGAAAAGGAAGAAAAAGCGAAGGGCUGUUAAAUCUAAAAAGGAGAAACCAGCAAGUCCUAAAUUCAUUGUAACACUUGACGGAGUGGACAGUGAUAUGGAAGACAAAUAUGAUGUACAACUGAAGAAAGAAAAGAAGAAGAGGAAACCAAAGAAGAGAGCUGAGCUGGAUGAUUUUGAGGAGAUUGACACAACAGAGAAGACAGAAGAAAUAAAACCACCUCUAGAAGUGGCUUCCCUUGAAAAACCUGUCAUCCAGCAGAUCACAUUUGAUCUGGAUCCUGUUGAUGAGGAAGCUGAAAUUGGCGAGUCGAUGCAAGAUCAAAACAAACAAGCAGAAAAGUGCAAAUUUUGGCCUGACUGCAAAAAUGGAGAUGAUUGUCCCUUCUACCACCCGACGGUGAUGUGCAGGUCUUUCCCGAACUGUAGAUUUGGAGAUAGUUGUAGAUUCAUUCACCCACCGUGUAAAUUUGAUGGAAGGUGUACUAAUUCAGUUUGUUCCUACACACACAAGUUAAAAAACAAACAACAGACUUCUCCCGUAGCAGCUGCAAUACCAGGAAUGGGUUUAGGCUUCAUGUUCCCUCCACCAAGUGUCCUCACUCCUCCACCUCCUGUUACUCAACCGGUUCCUUGCAAGUUUUACCCGUCUUGUACCAAAGCUGACUGUACUUUCUAUCAUCCACAACCAAAGGCUUGUCGUUUUGGCGCCAACUGCACCAGGCCAAACUGUUCAUUCACUCAUCCAGCCAAACCUUCCUCGUUAAAGUGGGUGGCACCAACUCUUCACAUAAGUGAAAGGAGUUUUGCGGUUUCAGAACAGAAAGUAACCUCCAUGCCGGUGUUAUAGCAGAGAAUUAGUUGAAGUCAACAUUAUAGAAUUUUUCUCGUGAAAUAUAAUUCAAGUUACGACUGUGUCGUUGCUGUGUUAUCAACAAUUGGCGUUCUGAUGGCAGGAAACAAAGCGUAUAAAAGUGGACGACCGCAAAAGAAUUUCAGAGUCUUUAAUUUGUACAUGACCCGUCGAGGACUCUUCGUUUUUCACCUAUUAUGCUUUUGUUUUUUUAAAUCUUUUUUCUGUUGAAGGAGACCAGAAUUAAGAUGACUGAUGUCCUAAGAAUUUUUCUUAGAUAGAUUGCCGCGGAGUCAUUUAAGUUCAAUGACUGUGUGGAAGGUGAAAUAAAAG